AUGAGGAAAAACCCCAAUGAACAGGAUUGCAUGAACUUUAAAAAAUAUAGUAUUGUUGCAAGUAUUUUGUGUCUCACUGUCUACACUUUCAGCUUGGGUUCGUUAGUGUUGAAGUGCAUGUUGCUGUGUGCAUUGAUGAAUGGAGCGGUGACGUGUGCCUGUAUGCUGAAGAAUCACACCCUAUGGAUUGAGAGGCACGACGGUGGCCAGUGUGUGGCCAUCAACACUACCAUCUGCAGCGGCUACUGUUACACACAGGACACCAAUUUAAGGGGACGCCUUGGGAGGAGUUUCCUGAUCCAGCGCAGCUGUGUGCCUCUGUCCUUGGUGUACCGAGCCGCCCACGUGCCAGGCUGCCCUCAGGAUGUCAACCCUCAGCUGUUUUAUCCUGCGGCCAACCGUUGCAGCUGCAGGCGCUGCGACACGCGCACACACCACUGUGUUCGCAACAGCCGGAUCCCUAACGACCGGUGCACCGCGACCCUUACUGUAGGCCUCCGUAGCCUGCACACCGCCGCCGACUUGAGCUGCAAAAAAGCACCGCGACCCGGUGUGAAGAGCCAGACACCGCUCUCUGUGGGAAGCUAACGAUAUGCUACCCAAAUGCACAUGCAUGGCGCAACAGCGGACGAACUUGCUGCUUGUUCGUAGGCUAGUGUUGUGCACCUCAGCUCCUCGUAUUGUUUUGUCUAGUUUGUUAGGCAAUUGCUAUAAAACACUAUAUUGAACAUGU